AUGAUAGUAUCGUGGGAUCCACCAGUAAUCGAUCAACGAAAUGGCAAUAUUACAUAUUAUCAAGCUAUUUUAACUCCGUUGCAACCUGGUGAAGAAAAAAUUAUUCGAAAUGUUACAAGCGGUCGCUCCAUAACUUAUGAUGCAUCGAUGCCAAAAACUUAUACUUUUAAGGUUGCAGCAGCAACAAUGAAGGGUAUUGGUCCAUAUUCACCGGUUUUAUCUAUUGAUCCCGAUCCAGCAAGUAAGUAA